CUAAGCCGGACUUUGCAAGCGACGUUUGUUGAGCGCUUGCACUCGCGAUAUACGCAUUUACAAUAUAGUGUACGUAUAGUUUUUACAUUUUGUGAGAUAUACGCAACACACAGUUGAUUGAUAUACUUGCAAAAAUGAGGCGUCUUUUACUUGUUGCAUCGCUUCUGUCGACUGCAAUUGCAAUCGAAUCCAAAAUCUUGCACGAAUGGAAGUACGUUGAUUUUGUCGCUAAGUUAUCUUCACAAGAAACGCAGAACGCGACAGAUUCCGACGAUUAUAACAAGACUUCGAUCAUUUUGUACGACGUGGACAUAGCAGAUGACGGAAGAAUGUUCGUCACUUCGAUAAGAAACGAGGGAGUACCAGCUAGUGUAAUGACAGUAACUGACCAAAUGGGAGAAGGAGGUCCACUUCUGAGUCCGUAUCCAGAUUGGUCUUGGUACAAGAAUAACGAAAAUACAACGGACUGUAACGGAAAAAUAAUUAUAAGUGUUUUUAGAGUGUUUAUUAAAUGCAAUCACAUUUUUGUUCUGGACUGUGGCAAAAUUGGAGAAGAAAAAGUUUGUCCCGCGCGAUUGUUAAUCUUUGAUUUAUACACUAAUUUACUGGUUAAGCUCGUUAUUAUCCCGGAUAACGUCGCCACGAACGAAAACGGAAUUGGUUUGUUAGUGACACCUGUUGUUUAUGCUCGGGAUUGUAUCGACAUAACAAAUAACGCAAUUGUAUACAUGGCUGAUACGGAAGGUCACGGUUUAGUGACUUGGAACGCACGUGAAUCAACAAUCCAUAGAACCGAAUCUAAUUAUAUGAAGCCUAACGCUUUAGACUCCACUUUCACUAUAGCAAACAAUUCUUUCUUUCUUGAUGACGGUAUUCUCGGUUUGACAUUAAUGAAGAAUGAUUUGUACUAUGCUGAUUUGGCGGGAACCAACAUGUAUAAGAUAAAUAGUACAUUGCUACAAGACUCUUUAAGUAGCAAUGAAACUGAUGCCUCAACUGUACACGCGGGUAUAUUACAAGGUCAAACAGGACCAAUAGCAUCCAAGGAGUGUGCCAUAUUUUUUAGUAAUAUACCGCAAACAUCGAUUUUGUGCGCAGAUAGUUCCAAACCCAUUAACUUUAAUAACACGGAGGUCGUUCUAGACAGUGAGGAAGAUUUGCAAUUUCCAAGCGGAUUAAAAGUGAUAACAAGAAGGUUUUUUGAUGGAAGUAACCAGUUAAUAGCACUAACAAAUAGAUAUCAAGUCAAUAACAAUGGUAUUUCCAAUCUAAAUGAGACAAACUUUCGUAUCAUAUCGAUAAACCUAGAUGAUGUAAAAAAAGAAACGAAUUGUUUUGCCUCAUGCGAUACCAUAAUUUUUUACGAAAGUGAUUUUUAUGAUAUAUCAUGGAACAUAGAUUUCAAAUGGUAAACUUGAAACGUACGUAUUUCAUCGCACGUAUUUUUAAAUAUCACUUAAUCAACUAUUAUUUAACGUAAUGAAAAAUAAUCUAAAAUAAAAAAGUUUGCUUUCAGAAAAUUGUUGUUAUACAGAUAAACAUAAUUAAUUUAUAUAUACAAAUAAGAAAGCAUUAAAAGUAUUACGCGUAUAACAUGGUUUA